AUGAUGGACCCCUUCCACAGGAAGUACGGCAAGGCUCUCACGUCCGGUUUCUGCAUGGUCUCUGUCUUCCUAGAUGUUUUGAAUAUGGCCUCGACGUUAAUUGGCUUAGGAGCCACGGUGAGUCUGGUCCUGGACCUGCCCUACGGAGCCAGCAUCUGGAUCUCUGCAGCUGUGGCCGUCACCUACACUCUGAUGGGGGGACUCUACUCUGUGGCCUACACCGACAUCAUCCAGCUCACACUCAUCGUCUGGGCGUGUGUUCCCUUUGUGUUGCUGAGCCCCUUCACCGUGAGCAUCCAUGAGACUCUGCUGAACAACACUCUGCACUCCCCCUGGAUCGGGACUCCACAUGUGCACAGGCUCUGGACCAUGGUGGACGACUUCUUACUCAUGGUGGGUCCUUAG